AUAAAUUUAUGCUCUUCUCAAUCUCACCUUAACCUCCAUUUUAAAUUCAUCAUAGAAAACAAACAACUUUUCAAGUCAUCAACAUUGUUGAUCAUCCAAUCCUUUUUAGAUUCAAAAAUGAUAACCAUAUUAGAAUUAUGCCUUCUUAUGGUAUGAUCUCUCCAAAUGAAAGGAAAUUAAUUUCUGUCACUAAUAAAACUAGUCAAUCUGAUAUUGAUGUCUUACUUGAAGCCAUUAAUUAUGUUGAAGAAUAUCUUGAUAUGCUUGAAUUUUCUAACCCUUAAUUAUGGGUUGAAAAACAACCUGGUCUCUUAGCCACUCAAACACUUUCAAUUAGAAUGAAUGUCAAUUCAGAUACAUCUAGUACCCAACAAUCAGAUAAAAAAAACAAUUUUGAAGAAAUCAUGAAAUAAGAGCCAUAACAAUUACAAAGAUCAUAACAUACUUUUAGUCGAUUACAAGAUCACAUUCUUCAUAAAAAUAGUCUUGAUGGAUAAGAAAGUAGGACUUCCAAUAUAUUUAACAAUAAUCCUAGUAUUAGUCCUGUUCUUUAGGAUGCUAGUAGAUUAAGUGCUAAUUUGAGUAGAGAAGUUAAAUAACCGACCUUUUUCACAGAAGCAAAUGAAAUUCCUCAAGAACCCAACGAAUAAUUUGAGGAUAAAAUUGAUCCUGAACAAAGUUAUAACAAUGAACCUUAUUAAUCUGGCAAUUUUAGAUGCAAUGAUGAGGAAAGGUCCAACCAUGAAGUAUCAGGAAUACGAUCAUAAACUUCCAUCAUGAAAAUUGAACAAACUUAAUACAUUAGCACUCUUAAAUUAAAAGAACAAUAGAUUCUCAAACAAAUUGAUUAAAUUAAGACAAGCAAAGAUUAAUUGAAUGAAGAAUUAGAAAAAUUAAAAUUUAAAGCAAUGUUCAAAAACAAAGAAAACAAUAAAUGUAUUUUAUAUUAUUUUAUUUUUUCUAGAAGACUAACAAAUAUUAAUCGGCCAUUUGUUAAUUGUUAGUGUUAUAUGUUUAAUUUUAGGAGCAUUGUUAAAAAAGAUUUAAUAACUUUUUUGA